AUGAAGAAUGCAUUGGUCAUUCUGUCACAUGUAAGUCAUGGAUAUGUGGGAAAUAGAGCCAUGACUUUCCCUCUUCAAGUGAUGGGAUGGGAUGUAGAUCUGAUUAAUACAACCAACUUUUCUAAUCACCCAGGUUAUGGUAAGUUCAAAGGGAAGGCAACAAAGGGAGAUGACAUGUUAGCUCUUUUUGAAGGGUUGUCGGAAAUGGGUCGUCUUUCACGAUACCAAAUGAUAGUCACAGGUUAUGUACCUAAUGAAGAGCUUUUACAGAUUUUAUUUGAUCAAAUCAUAAAGAAAAUAUUCAAUAAUAAUUCAAGCUCCCAGGCUCCUCAAUGGAUAGUUGAUCCUGUUUUGGGAGAUAAUGGCAAACUUUAUGUACUGGAGAAAGUUGUACCUAUUUAUAGAGAGUUGCUUUCCUCUGGGUAUGUUUCUUGUAUUACUCCUAAUCAAUUUGAGUUUGAAACUAUUUCUGGGUAUAGUAUAGCAGAUUUCAAGUCAUUACGAGAUGCAUUAGAUAAAUUCUAUCUUCGGUAUUGUAUACCAAAUGUGGUGAUACUGUCGAUAGAACUUAAUGGGAGUCUCUAUGGUGUUGGGUUUCAUGCUCAAAGAAAGGAAACUUCAAUAUUUCUAAUACCCAUUGAACGUAUUCCCGUACAUUUUUUCGGGUGUGGAGAUCUCUUUACUGCUUUAUUAAGUGCUCGGUUCCAGACAACUACCGAAAUCUCCGUCCAAGUGUUAGGAAAUGUUCUACACAAACUUACCCGUAUACUACGAUUAAGUUUAGACAUUGCAACUGAAAGGAAUGGUGAUAUGGCUCCUAAAGUGGUUCAAGAUAUUCAAGUGCUCAGGGUUCAAUGUAAGGGUAACAGCUAUGGAUAUGACGAAGAAAACGAUGACGAAGGUCUUCAACUCCGUCAUAUCUUUCACCAUGGAGCUGGUCCUAAGAACUAUAAAUUGCAUAGGAGGCUUGAUAUUACCCCGGAGUAUCUUGAACUGAGAGACUUUCUGGCCCUCAUGAUGGACAUUGCUGUGGCUCAAGAGGAGACAGAGUUAAAUGCUGCUUCCUCUGCUGAUAUUGAGGGUAAGACGUUGGAUAAUUUAUUGGAAGAUACAGUGGACUGGCCCCGUGCUCAUGCUGGUAAGAACCCUUUCAAAGUUAAGCUUCCAAUAAGUUUCAAACAAGGAAAGGCCCAAAGAUUGAAGCAUCGUCACGUUCCUGGGUUUAUUGAGGGUUAUUUAGAUUAUGCAAUUAGGGUUAAGGGUAACCCAAAGAUAUUAGGAAGUAUUGGCCUAGAAUGGAAUGAUAUUGAAGAUAUCCCUGUUCCAGAUAUGAAUGAUAGGGAUACUGUGAUUUCCAUGGCUACCAUAUCAUCAAAUGCAUAUGUAAGGUUUCCUAAAGAUGAUAAGGAGAAACAGAAGUCUGACUGGGUGGACGUUGGACAAGGAUGGGAGCCAGAUCAAGAUGAAGAGAACAUCAAUUUCGGAUGGUUAGAAGAUGGUUUACGAGGUCACAUUUUCGUUAGUAACCAAUCCAAUACAGUGGUUAUUGGUAUCAAGGGUACUCUGGGUGCUGGAUUACCUGGAGGUGGAAGUGAUGAGACAGCCACAAAUGAUAAAAUUAACGACAACCUAUUAUUUAGUUGUUGUUGUGCUCGUGUAGGAUACAUGUGGACCACUGUUUGUGAUUGUUACGAAAAAACGUAUACUUGCAAUCAAGAUUGCCUAGAGCGUGAAUUACUUCGUCAAGAUAGAUAUUAUCAAGCAGUCAUGGAUUUAUAUCAUAAUGUGACUCUGCUUUAUCCACCAGAAAAGUAUAAUAUUUGGGUGACAGGGCAUUCACUUGGAGGAGCUUUGGCUUCUCUAUUAGGUCGUACGUUUGGAUUACCUACAGUUGCAUUUGAAGCUCCUGGCGAGUUAUUAGCUACAAAAAGAUUACAUCUACCACAAGCUCCUGGUAUUCCCAAACAUUUAGAGAAUAUUUGGCAUGUUGGAAAUACAGCAGAUCCUAUUUAUAUGGGUGUAUGCAAUGGUGCUACAUCCAGUUGUAAUGCAGCAGGAUAUGCAAUGGAAACUCAAUGUCAUACUGGUAAGCAAUGUGUUUAUGAUGUUGUUGGAGAUAAAGGAUGGAGUGUUAACUUAUUAAAUCAUCGUAUUCAUACUGUGAUUGAUGACAUCAUUAUGAAAUAUAAUGACACAGCUCCAUGUGUUGAAGCAUUACCUUGUCGUGAUUGUUUUAAUUGGAAGUAUGUUACCCAUGAUGAUUUUGAGGGAGAUGAGCCUGAAUUGCCCAAUCCAUUGAAGAGUCUGAAAUUGUUUCUGACUCGGACUUCUACAGCAUUGCAAUCGGAGCUGACUCAAUGCAAGCAAUCCAUUCUGUCAUCGUCGACUAAUAAAGAUAAUAACAGAGACAAGGUUACAACUUCAGUUCUGCGUACCACUAGUUCCACUCUGAGUGUUUCAAAGACAACGAGUGCUAGUACUCCUACGGAGAAGCCUACCAAAUGUUUAGAGCGUACUUGGUAUGGUUGGUGUUCUAAAUGGGGUUAUGAUGAUGAUGAUGAUGAUGAUAAUGAUGAUGAUAAUGGUGUGAUGAUUAAAGGAUAG